UGUUGUAUGAAACAAAGGCACGCUGAUGUUGCCUGCUUCACUCGUGUAUCGCCCCUGUCUGUGACUGUCCUCUCAGCAUCACGAGAGCACUGUAACGCGACGCUCAUUUGAAGUCAGUUGUUAAUGGCAGACAGACGAUUGGGAAAAUAACCGUCGACAUGGGGGAUGAUGGUAUAGAUUACAACAUAGUUUUUCCAGAGGCACUGAUCUCAGAGAAGCACUGGCGGGGAUCAAAGGAGCCAGUCGUUAUUCUGCUAGGCUGGGCGGGCAGCAGAGACAAACAUCUCGCCAAAUACAGCUCUAUUUAUAAUGAACAGGGAUGUGUGACUCUACGCUACACAGCUCCUUUGAAGACAGUUUUUAUUUCAGAAUCACUGGGCUACAAAGAACUAAGAAGCACUGCGCAAAAAUUACUUGAACUUUUGUUUGACUACGAGGUGGAGAACAACCCAGUUUUCUUCCAUGUGUUCAGCAAUGGGGGCUUCAUGCUUUACCGGUACAUGGUUGAGUUAUUGCACAGUCACAAGCAGUUCAGUACUCUGUGUGUGGUGGGCACGGUUGUGGACAGUGCCCCUGGCAGUCAAAACGUUAUAGGGGCCCUCAGAGCACUCAAAACUACAUUAGGGCCCAAAGUCAAUGUUUUACUGCAGUACUUCCUCCUGGCACUGUUUGCUGUGGCCGUUGUCCUUCUCAGGAUUGUUUUGUAUCCUGUGACCAAGUACUUUCACAGGAACCACUAUGAUGCCAUGAUAGAGCACCCGGCGCCUUGGCCUCAGAUGUACCUCUAUUCCAGAGCAGACAGGGUGAUCAGGUACAGGGAUGUGGAGAAGAUGGUUAAAGUGUUGCGGGAGAAAGGGCUGACAGUUGAAAGUUUCGAUUUCAUCACCCCAGCCCAUGUGA